GAGCCAAUUCUAGGGUUCUGAAGAUCAAUUCCGACUUAUUCCAAUUCAAUCCGGAUCAAUUUAAUGUUUUUUUUGUUUGUAAUUGUCUAAAAAUAUUUUAUUUAUAUCUAAGGAGCCAAUUCCGACUUAUUCCAUUCCAAUCCGGAUCGGUUUAAUACCUUUUUUUUUUUUAAUAUCUGAGGAGCCAACCCAAUUAUAGGGUUUUGGGUAACCAUUUCCAGCUUAUUCCAUUCUAAUCCAAUCCGGAUCAGUUCAAAAUCAUUGUCUAUGCUCUAUCGCGGCAGUUUGGGAGAACCGGAGAAGAGUUAGUACUCAGUAGUGAUCGGGGAAGGAAAAGACUACCUGCAAUCUCGUGUCCUUUAUAUAAAUGUCCGUCGGUCGAAUGCCUGCAAGUGUACAAGACUGAUAACCGUUGACCUACGCUGAUGCGGUUCUCUCUCUCUUGUAUCAAUCGCUCUGCGUGUUCAUUAGUCGCUUCAGUCCAACCAGAGUGGCGUGGUUGCAGUUCCAUACAGCGACGUUGCUAGAUUCUCUAAAACUUAUCCAUAAUCUCUAGUUUUUCAAGUUUUCGUUGCUUCCAGAUUCUGAUUCGUACUCGUGGAAUCCAAGAUUUCAGGGUUGUUAGCUUAAAUAAUCGCACGAAGGAUGGCACGAACAUCUGGCACUUCAUCAGCAUCCAGACGAUCAGGCAGUCAUGAAACGGUUGCUUCAUCUUCAGUUGAUGAGAAAAUUCAUCUGAAUGAACGUGGAGAGAGUCCAAAGAGGUCAGCAUUUCUGUGGCUGGCUUUGUUUGUUUUGAUCCUCAAUGGCUCCUGGGGUGUUCACCAUUAUCAAUAUGAGACUCUGCCAGUUCCACUUAGUUCUGAUCAGGCAGGCAAAAGGGGUUUCUCAGAACAUGAGGCGAUGGAGCAUGUAAAGGCCUUGACGGAAUUGGGUCCUCAUCCUGUUGGUUCUGAUGCUCUUGAUCUUGCAUUGCAGUAUGUUUUGGAAGCAGCUGAAAAGAUUACAAAAGUAGCUCACUGGGAGGUUGAUGUUCAAGUGGAUUUCUUCCAUGCAAACUCUGGUGCAAAUCGUCUUGCAAAUGGGCUAUUUAAGGGCAGAACACUUGUUUAUUCAGACCUUAAGCAUGUAGUCGUGAGAAUCCUGCCAAAAUAUCUACCGGAAGCAGAGGGAAAUGCGAUUCUGGUUUCUUCUCACAUUGAUACUGUUUUUUCAACAGAAGGAGCUGGAGACUGCAGUUCAUGUGUGGCUGUUAUGUUGGAGCUUGCUCGAGGGGUUUCUCAAUGGGCUAACGGGUUUAAGAAUGCUGUGAUAUUUUUGUUCAAUACUGGGGAGGAGGAAGGUCUUAAUGGUGCUCAUAGCUUUAUAACACAGCAUCCUUGGAGUACUACUGUUCGUUUGGCUGUUGAUUUGGAAGCCAUGGGUAUUGGGGGGCUGUCCAGCAUUUUUCAGAGUGGUCCUGAUCCCUGGGCUAUUGAAAACUUCGCCAUGGUAGCAAAAUAUCCGUCGGGCCAAAUCCUUGCACAGGAUCUAUAUCUUUCAGGAUUCAUAAAAUCUGCUACUGAUUUCCAAGUGUACAAGGAAGUUGCUGGUCUUUCUGGGCUUGAUUUUGCAUAUUCAGAUUCUAGUGCUGUAUACCACACAAAGAAUGAUAAAUUAAAGCUUUUGAAGCCUGGCUCCCUUCAGCACCUUGGAGAAAAUAUGCUUGCCUUUCUGCUUCAGACCGCCACAUCAUCUCGUUUUCUGUCAGACAAGGCUAUUGAAACCAGUGAAGUCAUUAGCCAGGACCAGGCUAUAUAUUUUGACAUUAUGGGGACAUACAUGAUUGUGUAUCGUCAACGUCUUGCUAGUAUGCUUCAAAAUUCAGUCAUUAUUCAGGCACUUCUAAUCUGGAUAACGUCAUUGCUUAUGGGUGGUUAUCCUGCUGCUGCAUCUCUGGGCUUAUCAUUUAUAAGUAUUAUCAUCAUGUGGAUAUUUUCUCUAAGCUCCUCUGUUCUUGUUGCAUUCCUUCUACCUCUCAUUUGUUCCUCACCUUUGCCCUAUAUUGCAAGCCCAUGGUUAGUUAUUGGCUUGUUUGGGGCACCUGCUUUUAUUGGGGCACUAACUGGUCAACAUGUGGGUUAUCUCAUUCUUCAAAAAUAUCUGUGGCAUGCCUUUUCCAAGAGGGAACAGAAGCAAUCUCCUGCUAUCCAAGCUGAGUUAAUCAAGUUGGAGGCUGAAAGGUGGCUCUUUAAGGCUGGCUCUGUUCAGUGGUUACUUAUUCUAAUGGUGGGAAAUUUUUAUAAGAUUGGAUCUUCCUACAUAGCUGUCAUUUGGCUAGCCUCACCUGCUUUUGCAUAUGGAUUUUUAGAAGCAACACUAUCUCCAGUCCGAUCACCAAAGCCUCUCAAGAUUGUAACCCUACUUCUGGGAAUUACUGUUCCCAUUAUAAUUACUGCUGGCAUAUUCAUUCGUCUGGUGGGCACAAUAACUGGGAUUAUGGUCCUUUUUGAUAGGAGUCCUGGUACCACACCUGAAUGGCUGGGCAAUGUAAUGGUUGCUGUUUUUGUUGCUGCUAUUAUUUGCCUUACAUCAGUAUAUCUUCUUUCCUAUGUUCACCUUUCAGAUGCAAAAAGAUCAAUCUUUCUUGCAAUGUGUGCCCUGUUUGGCCUCACACUCAGUUUAGUUGUGUCUGGAAUAGUUCCACCAUUCACUGAAGAUGUUGCCCGAGCUGUAAAUGUUGUACAUGUUGUUGAAACAACAGGACAAUAUGGGGGGAACCAAACCCCAAUUUCAUAUAUUUCCCUAUUUUCUACAACUCCUGGGAAAUUAAUGAAGGAGGUUGAACAUGUCAAAGAGGAAGGUUUUAUUUGUGGAAAAGAGAAAGUAAUUGAUUUUGUUACUUUUAGGGUUGAGUAUGGUUGCUGGAGUUCUGAUGAAACUUUAAGCGGGUGGAGCAAAGCAGACAUUCCAACUAUGCAUGUUGAAAGUGAUGUGAAGGGAGAUGGAAGGAGCACACAAAUUUUAAUUGAUACAAAAGUUUCUACACGCUGGUCACUGGCAAUCAAUACACUCAAAAUUGCAGAUUUUAAGGUUCAAGGAAAUUCAGAUGAGUUGAUUCCAGUAGGGAACAAGAACGGAAUUGAUGGAUGGCACAUUAUUCAGUUUUCUGGGGGGAAGAAUGCCCCAACAAAGUUUAAUCUUACUCUCUUCUGGGUAAAAAAUUAUGCCGAGUUGACCCACAAGCCAGAUGCACAGAGAAGGGACCAGCAUCUCCUCUUAAAAUUAAGAACAGACGUGGACAGACUGACGCCAAAAUCUGAAAGAGUACUAACGAAGCUUCCUCCUUGGUGUUCUCAGUUUGGUAAGUCGACUUCUCCCAACACAUUAGCUUUCUUAAGUAGUCUUCCUGUUGAUUUCUAGGCCCUUUCAGUCUACAACAACAACACAGCUGAGCCUUAUCAUUUCGGUCUUAUUGAAAAAUAUAUAUUCAGAGUCGAAAGUUUUCUUGAGUUGUAGUAUGCCUGAUAGGUCUUGUUUUCUCCCUAAAUUGGUGAUGAUGUUAUUUCUCCGUAACUGUUGCCAGAUGAGAAUUGUUUCCUCCUUUCAGUAUAGUGGUGAAAGGGAGAAUUUAGAUAUGUUCUAAGUUAUGUGCUAUUUGUAUUUCUUCUCUUA